UUAGAUAGUUGUGUUUGGUUUUAGUACGAGACGAGGCGACGAGGCGUAUAUUAUUUAGAAAUACUUGUUCAAGGCUUUAAUUUAGUUAGUGGGACGCCUCAGAUAGUGACUGGUGUUUUGGUUCUAACAAUUUUGUGAUUGCAUUUUCCUUUAUAUUUGUUUGUUUUUUGUUAUAAAUUAUGGCGUAUAACAAUAUCAUUACUGGAGACCCUAUGAUGGCCAAUAUUUCUGAACCAAAAUCUGAAAAUAGUUUUACUCUGGAACAAAAAUCACAAAACUUAGAGACUCUCAGUCAGGAUUCCCAAACUUCCUUACAGUUUGAAACUCUUAGUCAAGAAUUUAAUUUAAGUAUAGAAAGUCUUGAAGAAGAGGGUCUUGGACCAAAAGAGGACUGUGUGGACACCAGUGCAGUUGAGACUGCACCAGUUGAAGUUCUACCGUCUGAAAAAAAAGGCAAAUUCUCUAAACUAAGCGCAGCGUUUUUUAAUAAAGGUAUAGUUGAAAUAACAAUAAGCCAUAGCGAAGAUGAGGGAGAUGAUCGAGAACAUGGCAUUGCAAGCUUCUCAAAGAAGAUUAUAAAGCCUGCUAACAAGGAAAAUAGGAGUGCAAGCUCCUCAGAUAAGAUAAUAAAGUUACCUCAAUCAAAAAUUAAGAGCAUUAUGAAGAAGGACCCUGAGGUCUCGAACCCGAAUAAUGAGGCGGUAUUUCUAGUCAGCAAAGCAACGGAGUUAUUCAUUAAAAAACUCGCCAGGCAUUCCUAUCUAGCUACACUUGGAAAUAAAAAGAAGAUUGUAAGACCACAAGACGUCCAAACUGCUAUUACAAAUAAUGAGUGUUAUGAGUUUUUGGAGGACGCAUAUCCAUGAGGACAAUUUUAUAAACUGUUAUUCAAGUUUAUUAAUUUUAUUCUCGUUAAGAAAAUUUUCAAAUGUAAUUUUAAGUUAUUAAUUUCUUCUUUACUCAAUAUAUUCCAGCACUAAAUGUAUUUUAUGAUACAAUUUAAUUUUAAAGAAAAAAAAUUCAAUAAAUAAUUACAAUAGUACUUGUUUUAAACUGAUAGAACUGUAAGUAUAAGCUUAAUAGACUUGUUUAUUCUUGCUAUGCUUGACCAUACUGUAAAUGUAUGAUGGUUGUUGUGUUCAAGUAUGAUUUUUAAUUUAUCUUAGCUUAUUAUGUAUUAAUGAAAAAAUGUAAUACUCCAGGAAGAAAGUAAAGUGCUGUAAAAUAAUAUUUUAAAGUUAAAAGAAGGAAAAAUUAGUUGUUUUCAGCCCAAUGGGCUAUUUGUUAUUGUUGUGUUGAAUUGUAAUUUAAAUAUAUGUUGUUUUUUUAUAUUGAA